AUGAAGUGGGAGGAUAUCAGCAAGCACCUGCCGGGUCGUAGUGCCAUCAGCUGCAGAUUGCACUAUCAGAAUUACCUGGAGAGGAGAAGUGAAUGGGACGAGGAUCGCAAGAAUAAGCUCGCAAGGUUGUACGAGAGAUUCCGUGCAGAGAUGUGGUCAAAAGUGGCGGAAGAGAUGGCCAUGCCUUGGAGAGCUGUCGAGGCAAUGCACUGGCAGAUGGGAGAACACGAGAUGGCGAAGCGUGCCGGAGUGACUCCGUUCUCCCUCAGCAAUCCUACCAGCACAUACGAGCCGAUGCCUCUACCUCCGCGAGGACACCUUCGCCCCAUCGGGCCUCCUCUUCGGGCGAGGCGUGAGUCAAUGCCUCUGGAGGAGUCGUAUGCGGGCCCUCAGCAGCUGCCAUCCUUAGCGGAACUCACCGCAGGACUGCCAGCAUUCUCUGCUCCUCCCUACCACACCAACGACCCUUUCCACCAUGUGUACAACAACUCAAAAGACCGCAACUCUCCUUUUCGGUGA